CUAAGUUGGAAAGGAGACGCCAUUUGACUGGAUUAAAGAUAGAAGACGAUCCAACAAACAAGAAGCUUCUGCACGGCUUCACUUCACGCAGGCGAAGCUGCAGGACGACUCACGGCCGAGCUCAAGACAAACCGGUCCGACUCAAGUAUGGGCUCGAGUCGGGCCAGCAGACUAAAAGGGCAGGCGACCAUAAUCCAGAGAGACGGGAAGUGCACGGAGUGCCGAUGAAGAUUCUCCCCCUCUCCUAGGACACUACAAAAAGGGACUCGCUCACACAACGGCUGGGAGGCGUUGCCGACGUUGACUCACGACAUCCGCUGAAGCUCUUCUAGUAACUUACGCAAAUAAACGUCAUCAAAAUUAUUCAGAUUCUGGUUCUGACCACCGCCGAUAGUGAUAUCAUCGCUUACUCCGGCUGCCAUGGAAGGUACCUCCUCCGCUCCCUCCGCGCCCGCUGUAGAAGAAGGCGAACGGGCCGCGCCGCAGUUGAAGUACCGGGGCGUGAGGCGGCGGCCGUGGGGCAAAUGGGUGGCGGAGAUCCGCGACCCGCACAAGGCCGCCCGCGUGUGGCUCGGCACCUUCGCGACGGCGGAGGACGCGGCGCGCGCAUACGACAGGGCCGCGCUCCGCUUCCGCGGCAGCAGGGCCAAACUCAACUUCCCCGGGGACGUCCGCCUCAGUCCGCCUUCUUCCUCCUCCGCUUCCGCUGCCGCUGCUCCUGAUCCCCCGAUGCCGGGUGCGGCCGCAGUGAGCGACUACUUGGCCUACUCGCGGCUGCUGCUGGGCGCGCCGGAGUGCCUACUAGAUCAGUUUGGCGCCUACGACGCCCGCGCAUCUCCGGCGAUCCAGGCCGGCUGCAGUUCCAUGCCUUUGCGCUCGUUUCCGGUCUCCUCUGUUUCGUCUUCCACUCGUACUCCUUUCGACGCUCCGAGCGAAACAGCUGAGCUGCAGAUAAUAAACUGGGGAAGAGGAGGAGGAGGAGGAGGGGCAGAGGAGUCGGCGGAGAGUUGGACGGACUCAAUCGAGUUUCCUCCGCACUUGCUAAAUUGA